UUUCCGUUGUCAGGUGGCGUUGUCGCUGUGGAAAGAUGCGAUCAGCGAAGAGCGGAGGCUUUUCCUUAAUUGCUCAUUUCGGUAACAGAGGCUAAACAACCCGAAACCAACCCUCUGUGGUCUCUCCUGCUUAAGCGAGAAGCUCCGCGCAUCCACCACAGCGUUUACCCAAGAAAUGUCGAUGUUGUAAGCAGACAACGCAGACUUUAUCCGGCGGUUUUGGCUCGAGAGCUCCAGUAUGUACAAGCGGCGCUCGUCGGAGAGGGGAGCUGGAGAGACAUCAGGCAGGGCCAGCAAGCUGCAGUGUCCUGGGAUAUCCAGCAAUAAUGCCAAGAGAGCUGGCCCCUUCAUUCUUGGGCCUCGCCUGGGCAACUCACCAGUGCCCAGCAUAGUGCAGUGUCUCGCCAGAAAGGACGGCACAGAUGACUUCUAUCAGCUCAAAAUCCUAACGCUGGAGGAGCGGGUGGAUUCUGCAGGGGAGACUCAGGAGGAGAGGCAAGGGAAGAUGUUACUGCACACAGAGUAUUCCCUCCUCUCGCUGCUGCACAACCAGGAUGGGGUGGUCCACCACCACGGCCUCUUUCAGGAUCGAGCCUGCGAAAUAGUGGAGGACAUGGAGGCCAACAAAGUGCGCAAGAUGAAGAAGCGCAUCUGCCUCGUGCUGGACUGCCUGUGUGCUCACGACUUCAGUGACAAAACAGCAGAUCUCAUAAACCUCCAGCAUUACGUCAUAAAGGAGAAGCGACUGAGCGAGCGCGAGGCCAUCGUCAUCUUCUACGAUGUGGUGCGUGUGGUGGAUGCCCUUCAUAAGAAAAACAUUGUGCACAGAGACUUAAAACUGGGAAACAUGGUGCUGAACAAACGGACUCACCGAAUCACCAUCACCAACUUCUGCCUAGGAAAGCACCUGGUGAGUGAGGACGACCUGCUGAAAGACCAGAGAGGAAGUCCAGCCUACAUCAGCCCUGAUGUAUUAAGUAGUCGGCCGUACCGUGGUAAACCCAGUGACAUGUGGGCUCUUGGUGUGGUCCUGUUCACCAUGCUGUAUGGCCAGUUCCCCUUUUAUGACAGCAUACCUCAAGAACUCUUCCGCAAGAUCAAGGCUGCUGAGUACUCCAUCCCAGAGGACGGUCGUGUGUCUGAGAACACAGUGUGCUUGAUCCGAAAGCUGCUGGUGUUGGACCCUCAGCAGAGGCUUACUGCAGGAGAAGUACUGGAGUCUCUCAGUGUCAUCAUUGCCUCAUGGCAGUCUGUUUCAUCGUUGAGUGGCCCCCUGCAGGUGGUGCCGGAUAUUGACGAUCAAGUUAAUCACCCAGAACAUCUGCAAGAGGCCAAGGUGAUAGAAGAGUCUUCACAGUACGAGUUCGAGAACUACAUGCGCCAGCAGCUGCUGCUGGCUGAAGAAAAGAACACUAUCCAUGAGGCCAAGAGCUUUCUCACCAAGCGCCAGUUUGGCAGCAUUCCACCUGUGAGGCGCCUGGGCCAUGACGCCCAGCCUGUCAGCCCGCUAGAUGCUGCAAUCCUGGCACAACGUUUCCUCCGGAAGUAGUCCCCCACCAACCCAUCUCGGUCACUCUGACCUCCCCAGGGAGUUCAGGGUCCUGCGGAGUCCAGAGAGGACUGAGGAGGAUAAGCCCCAAAACUGAACUCGCAUACAGGAGGCCCAGCCAAACCAGGGUAUAGACAGCCACAUUUGUAGGUGGGCUUUGGGCAAGCUAUGUGGAGCCUGUGUGAGGAGGACACCAGAACAAACUGCCAAUGUAGAACUUCACUCCUCAUGUCUGCAUCCUCUAGUGAAACAUGGAAGACCCGGAGGAAGAUCUGAACCAAAGGUUCCUUGCCCUCAGGUCACCUGCAGUCAGAUCUCACUGUGCAACCAACCUGAUGGCACAGUCACACAUGGGGCUAACACAAGGCUCUGCCUGAAGUGUUGAAGAGACAAUUAACCCCAUAUUCCUCCUCCUCCUUUUCCCUCCUCCUUUGAGAUCUCCCUACUGUAACAGUUCCCCCAUCAACUCUGGAUCCCCUGAGCAAUACAGGACCAGAAUCAUGUAGCAACCCUUUCUCUUCCUAGUGGUUAAUGGUAUUGCCUCAAGUCAGAUCACCUGAUCACAGAUGUCACUUCUCUAUACCUCCAUUCCACUCUCUUCCUCUGCCUCUUCCCACUCCUUUCUCUCCCUCUCUACUGUUUUCCUGUAUCGAAAUGAUCCAGACUGGUCCUGUCUGUUGACUUCAAAUCAAUCUACCUCUCUGUCUCUCUUCUGUUGGUAAACCAUGCUCACUGUUCUGAGACAAGGGAUUGUAACAAUGGAGUCUUGAUGCCACCAGUGACAUAAAGCAUUAAUGUCUUCUGUCAAAGUGAUAAUGCUUUGAAACCUUUUCAGUGGUUUCAAAAAAAAUCUGAAUAAGCUUUUUUAUCAUAUUUACCUUAAUAAGUAGCAUUUUAUCCCUACCUUUUGAUUGAAGAUACUGAAUAUCAAAUUAUGUGUACACACAUCCUUUGAUAUUUGCAGAAUGCAUUGUCUCCUUUUGCUCAUCCCUGUGGAAAUCUAUUUUUAGCAUCUAGGCAGCUAGUGUGAGGUACCUGGAAGUCACAAUGCCAAGAACUGAAUGGGGAAUAACUGCUGGAUCCUCCCUGCCAAGGCAUAUUGAUGGUGACGCUUUCUCAGUGCCAUUAUAGAAGAUCAGGCACUGUUGUGUUUCUAUUGCCAAAAAUCAUGUCUUAAUAUUACUCUUAGCCAAGGAAACCGGCACCCACAGCCCCAUUCAGAAUCAAAUGGAUUCCAGGUAUUCCUACUUCCCUCUUUUUCUUUAUCAAGACAGAUCAUGGGACAAGUUUGUUUUCAGUAUGAAUGUGAAUUAUCAUUCUACGCUUUGAUACGUCUGCAGCGUCCAUGAGUGUGUACGUGUGUGUUUUUCGGGCCAGGCAAAAUAAGAGUCUGCAGAACUGUCGAGCUGUUAACCUCUGACAGUCACAGACCCUUAAAGCUAUCCUCCAGUCAUUGUGUUCUGUUAUCUGGCCUGCCUCAGUGGCAGACACUGUGAAAACCAGAGCAGGCUUUUCCAAGACAGGGCUUGACUGAAUGUUUUUAGCAAUUGUUAUGAUUGCCGUGAAAGCUUUCUUAAGAUUGGAGAAUAUCACAUAUCUAUUACCAUUCUUAAGCCCUCUCUCUAGCUCAUCUUGUACAAGCUCAUAUUGUCUCACCAUGUUGGCUCUCUGUACAGAGAGGCUAUCUGGUGGCAGUAAUCGAUACUGUAAUAUUUCAUAGAGAAAUGAAAAUACAGACUUAUAGGUUUUUAAUUUAGUUGCUGGGUUUUGUUAGCUAUAGGUGCAUUUUUCUUUUUUUUUUUCUUUUUUUUUUGAUAAGGAGUUUUUUCAAACCAUGGCAAAGCUACUAACCAGUGACUGUUAGGCAUCUGUACACUGCAACUUGCCUUUGCAUAUUGGUAACUGCUUUAGGCUAUCUAGACUUCUUCCUAUUUAUAUUCAAACUGACUGCAUGAACAUAGGCUUGGGAAUAUUUUCAAAUGUCUUUAAAUCUUCUUUUUUUUCCUUGUAAUUUCACUUUGAUUUAUUUAUUCACUCAUCUAGCUUUCCCAAACCUCCCCCCCUUCAAACCACUGGGACUUGUAUCGCAGACAUUGAUCGUAGCCUGUCAAAAAUGUCCAUUUAAAUAGAAAUAUAUCCGAAGACUAGGUGCAACUUCCGACAGUGAAACAGGCCCCAAAUCUCUGCUCUCUCAGCUUUAAGAAGUGUUAACUCCAACAGUGGUUCUCAUUUUGAUCCUUUGAGCCACAUUCAUGAAAGUGUAGCAUCUACUUUUUUUUUUUUGUUUUGUUUUGGUUUGUUUUUUGUGUGUGUUUUUCUGUUCCUAAAUAAUUUUCUUGCCAUUUUGCCACAGAGUCUGUGGUCAAUUUAAGCUACACUAAUAACAAGACUGACUUUUGUUCCGUUUUUUUUUUCUUUUAACAAAAAAAGACAAAAUGAUACACAUUAUCCUGAUUUGGGGGGGGUCCAAACAUUAAUCCCCAUAAAUUCCCACACAAGGGUGCACUCUCUGGUCAGUAUGUAAAUAUAUACCACCAUGACUGCUCCAGUCAUAUUGUAUGUAGUUCCACCCAGUGAGAUACCAACUCUGUUUCAACACAUACCGAUUGACGUGCAUUAUGGGCCACGUUGGCCAUCAACCACCACAUCUGGAGGCUAAAAUAAUAUGUAAAGAAAGCUGUCGGCUUUCUCCCACCUCAAUGUGAAUUCCAUGGGUAUACAGCAGUAUUGUAGUAGUCUAGAUUGUUCAUCAGAAAAGGGUGUUUUAUUAACACCAUAGCCACUGCUGAAUGCUGACAUUAAGUGAUCGUCUGUAGAAAGUGUCUUAAGCCAUCUUCCGUGCCCAACUACAGAUUAGUUAGCAGCUACAGCUUGAGUAGGCCCUCGAUGUAGAUGGUUUUUUUCCCCGCCCCCCGCAAUCAAAAAGUGUUUCACUUUCUAGCUAGUGGAUUGUACCACAUUUGAUGUUUGUUUUACAGAGUUGUAUUGGUAGACUGCAGUGUGGACUGAAAAGCAUGGAAAUAGUGUGAGGUUAAACUCUGUGUAAAACAUGUGACCGUUGCAUGAUUGUAAACUUGCAAAGUGUGCCAACCAAUAGAGAACCUGCAGAUAAUUUACUCCUUUGGGUCCGACAAGAAACUACAAAGCAAAAUGGAUAUACCUGUUAAUUGGACGAAUAGUCAAAUGUUACUGCAAAUUUUCAAAAGUUCAUUUUUUAUGAUGAUUUUUCACCCUGCUUCUAAAAUCCUAAGUCGUCAGUAUAUAACCAAUAAAUUGCUGACUGUUUCAACUGGAAACUUGGUGUAGGAUAUGAAAAGCGGUGUAGCUUAUACCCAAUGGGAUAAUGUGUUGUAAGCUGCUUGGUCAGACAUGGGCAUCUAGACACAGAAAACUGCGUAAUUGUACAGAUGAAAAACACGUUUGUAUAAAAAACAUAUUUUUCUACUUCAUCAGAUCUCUACAUGCAUGUCAGCAAUAAACUUUGAUAUGGAAAUAUA